AUGUGUCAGAAUGAAGCUACUUCUUUUCUCUCUCCCUCCCACAGAUACAUAGCCAUCAUGCACCCGCUCCGGCCGCGCAUGGGACGGAAAGCGACCAUCCUCAUCGUGGUGUGGAUAUGGGUGUCGUCCGUGUGCCUGUCGCUGCCCAACCUCAUCUACUUCACCACCGCCACCAUUGGCUACGCUGACGGGGAGAGGAUCGUGUGCUAUGCCGCCUGGCCGGACGGGGACCAGGGCGAGAGUCAGUCUGAAUAUGUACACACUGUGGUGCUGAUGGUGCUGACGUACAUCCUGCCGCUCACCUGUAUGGGCUUCACCUACGUGCGGAUCGGUCUGACGCUGUGGGGGAGCCGCAGCAUCGGAGAACAGACCCCGCGCCAGGUGGAGAGCAUUAAGUCCAAGAGGAAGGUGGUGAAGAUGAUGAUAGUAGUUGUAACCAUCUUCGCCGUCUGUUGGCUGCCCUAUCAUAUGUACUUCAUCCUCUCCAACCUGAUGCCUGAAAUCGCCCACUACGAGUUCAUUCAGGAGACCUACUUGGCAAUCUACUGGCUGGCCAUGUCCAACUCCAUGUACAACCCAAUGAUAUACUGCUGGCUCAACAACAGAUUCCGCAACGGGUUCAAGAAGGUGUUCUCGGGGUGGCUGCCGUGCAUCACCUACGAGGGCGAGACCGCCGAGGUGACGCGCGUCAAGACGGCGCGCUACUCCUGCUCCGGCUCGCCCGAGACGCACCACCGGGUGACUUACGACGGUACCUCACACAUCUCCAUGAGGAAUCUCGCCUCCUCGGACCUCAGCAUCAGCGGCUCGAGGCUGCCCCCUGUCAGGCUCUGCAACGGGGCCAACCUUCGCCGGGCAACCAACGGGGCAGACUCCGCCUCCAGGAGCUACGGGGGAACCCUGGGGCCGCCCAAACACACCCCGUACCCUUCCGUCACCUACCAGCAGUACGUGUGAGGGGUGAGGGGGACACGCCCACACGCCCGCGCCCAUACACACACGCCUCGACUACGGAUGGGUGUAUGUAUGCGUGUGGGGGUUAAGACGGACGGUGUAGUGAGGAAGGGGGGGUUGUGUGAGGGGUGAUGGGGGAGG